CCUUCUCAGGUUGUACAGAAUGGAAUCUAGAAGAAUGAUAUUGCUCAAAGGUCGGGAUGGUCGAGAUGGUAAAGACGGUAUACCAGGAGCACAAGGUAGAGAUGGCCGUAAUGGCAAAGACGGAGCACGAGGACCAAAAGGGCCACGAGGACCGCAAGGGCCAUCAGGACAAAAUGGCGCAAGAGGACCACCUGGACGUAGUAGGGGUGGGGUAGAAUACAUUCGAUGGGGCAAGACGUCAUGUCCUUCUGGUGCUAAUAUUGUGUACAAGGGUCGAAUCGGAGGAGAGUAUUACAACCAUUACGGAGGAGGUGCUAACUACGUAUGCGUCCCUGAAGUCCCGGAUUACCUCAACUACAAACCAGGAAGGCAAAAUACUGCGUUUAUAUUUGGAGCAGAGUAUGAAGUAAACACAUUCAACCCACUCUCCAAAGGCCACCUCCAUGACCAUGACGCCCCUUGUGUCUCCUGCUAUGUGAAGACACGAAGCUCCAAGCUGAUGAUCCCAGCAACCUACAAGUGCCCCUCAGGGUGGACCAGAGAGUAUUAUGGGUACCUGAUGACGGAAUAUCAUGGCCACAGGAAUAACAGGGUUUAUAUCUGUGUAGACAAAGAUGCUGAGGCUGUAGCAGGUAGCAAACCAAAUCACAAUGGAGCUCUGCUGUAUCCUGUGUCUGGUCACUGUGGUUCCCUUCCUUGUCGCCCAUACAGACAAGACCUAGAACUGACAUGUGUCGUUUGCACCAAGUAGUCAUUCAUAAAUCAGCUCAGUUAAUUAAUACAAGGUUGUAAAACAUGAUUUACUGAUAAUUGUUCAAUCACUAUCAUAGCGGGAAGCUUUGCAAAUCAUUUUUCUCCAUGUGAUUUCAUGAACAGUUGUCGAUUGUACUGAAAUAGCGAAUAAGAUGACACUUAUAACAGGGGCGGAUUUAUGUGGAUCGAAAGAGUCGCCCUAUAGGAAUUCCCUSAACCAUAACACAGGAAUCGAACUACACUGAAUGUUCUUCCAAGUUUGAAUAAUACUGAAUUUGAAAAAGAUGUUUUAGCAUGAAAACUUUAUCAUUACUUAUAAAACAACUCAUACAUCCAAGGUAAUAUUUUGCGUUACAACUUAGAAAUGAUUUACAAAGUUCCUCAAGGACAAACAACAAACAACAAACAACAAAAAACCAACCAACCAACCAAACAAAACUUUACACCAGAUAAUUGUAAGAACCUUGUUUUUAAUGACUGUGAAAUCCAAGAAUKCUAUACUAAUGGAAUUGAAAUCUUUUAAUGCAAAAUUCAUAAGAUAAAUCAUUUGACGUGGAGUUGUGAAACAAAUCACAAAUCAUCGUUUUAAGGUAAAGUUUAAAUAAAAUAUACUAUGAGCAUGA